AUGGCCACCGAAUCUCGUCCAGGCCGCCUCGCCGGCAAGAAUGCCAUCAUCACAGGCGCGGCGGGCGGGAUCGGACUAGAAACAACCAUCCUGUUCGCCAAAGAAGGGGCGUCGGUGCUGAUGGCCGACAUCUCGGAGCCGGCGCUGGCCAAGGCGCUGGAGAAGGUCAAGGAGCUGGUGCCGCACGCGCCGCGGCUCACCACGAUCAAGUGCGACGUGUCCAAGGAAUCCGACGUGGCCGCCGCCGUCGAGUCGCAGGACCAGUACGGCGGCAUCGACAUCAUGUUCAACAACGCCGGCAUCAUGCACGCGCAGGACGAUGACGCCCUGAACACGUCCGAGCAGGUGUGGGACCUGACGCAGAACAUCAACGUCAAGGGCGUGUGGUUCGGAUGCAAGCAUGCCGUGCUGAGCAUGCGCCGCCACCACAAGAAGGCCGGCUCCAUCAUCAACACCGCCAGCUUUGUCGCCCUAAUGGGCGCCGCCACCCCCCAGCUCGCCUACACCGCCUCCAAGGGCGCCGUGCUCGCCAUGACCCGCGAACUGGCCAUCGUGCAUGCCCGCGAGAACAUCCGCUUCAACUCCCUCUGUCCCGGCCCGCUGAAUACCCCCCUGUUGCAGGACUGGUUGGGCGACGAUCAGCACAAGCGGCACCGGCGAGAAGUUCAUUUCCCGAGCGGUCGCUUCGGGGAGGCCAUCGAGCAGGCUCACGCCGUCGUGUUUUUGGCUAGCGAUGAGAGCAGUUUCGUCAAUGCUACUGAAUUCUUGGUCGAUGGCGGCUUGAGCAGAGCCUAUGUCACCGCCGAAGGCCCUGCUCCUGCAGCGCCAUCGAACAACGCUCGUUAA